UUCAAGUCUAACCUUCUACAUACAAUGAUGAAGCACAUCUUAGUCCUAACGUCGCUCGCUUCCUUAUCCUCUGUGUACGCCGCUCCGUCAACAUUCCCUCAAAGCGCAAUAGCGGGCCCAAUUGGUAGCCAAUGCAUUAACUUUUUGAUACGAGCACAAUGGUUAAUUGCAGAUUGCCUCACGGGCACUGAUUCCACCACCCGGAUCCAAAGCGCUGUGUGGUUAGAUAACAAGAUCACAAACAAUGACGGUAAUCUCGAGUGGGACCCCAAGGGUCAAUGGUGGCUAUCGUGCUACGAGUGUAAGCUCAUAGACGGGAGCCUGAACUGCCAAUGCAAAUCCCAUGCUGGCCGGCUGAUAAACACUACACUCAGUCUCGAUGAGCACAUCAGUGUCUACAAUGGCCACCUCCUCUCCGACAUCAACGGCGCACCCAAACCUCCCAGCACCUCGUCCAGCUAUCCCAUUCCCGUUGAUUUCGAGUACGCCGUCAAUGGAAUUGCCACCUGCCCAGAUUCCAAAAAUUCAACUCAGGACUGGUGCAAAACCAUUUCGCCCUCGUGCGAGAAUAAGCGAACGUACUGGCACUUCGACGAGCCUUUCUGGUUUGGGGGACCUAUCCAUUGCCAGAUACUAUCGUUGAAUCAGCCGGAUCACUUUCAGUUUGAAGUCCUGAAAUGGAUGGGAGAGGGCGCGUGGGAGCUGAUCGCGUAUCCAGAUGAGGCGUGUAAAGAGCAGCCUAUUGGGAGGAUCCUGGAAGCGGAAGCAGGGACUUGUAGGCCAUUUCAGCCAAGAGUGAAAGCCAUUACUGUCAUUCCGAUGUUCAAUGGGGAUCCGUAUUGAGAUGGUGUUGGGUAGGGUGCAUAGGGGAGGUGUGUAAGAAUCAGUUGACCCUUGCCACUUUUUGGUGAACGAGCACCCUUAUGUUUGAUGUACU